AUGGCACCAGCCAGCGCCAUCCCACCCGCCCUGCCGCCCUCGGUAGAGGAAGCCUACCGCCGGAAAUGCCUCCAGCUCAAGCAGCGCACCAACGAGGUCGAGGAGGCCAACGACGCCUCGCGUCUGCGCCUGAUGCGCCUCAAGCGCCAGGUCGAGAAGCUGCGCGUCGAGCGGUCCUACCUCCUCGAGCAGCUGGCCAAGCGGACGAGCACCAACGUCGAGGACUCCGAAGGGAGCCCCAGCCCGCCGCCGACGGUACGGAGCAACCAGCCCCAUCCACUAGACAACCAGCGUCACUUGGAUUCGGAUGCUGACAUGACACUGCGGAAUGUACAGCCCAAGGAGAAGCCGCUGCGCACCAAGCGCGGCCACCGCAAGCCCUCCCUGCUCGCCAACCUCGAGGGUGGCAGUGCGCCCGGCGCCACCUUCAUCAACCAGAACGUGCAGACGCUGUCUCCCAGCUCGGACGCCUUCUCGCACACCCACGCCGAGGGCAGCCAGAAGGAGGCCGCCGGCAGUAAGGCCAAUGGCGUCGGCAAGCCGAAGAAGCCCAGCACUGCGUUCGAGCUCUACUGCAGCGACACGCGACCCACGCUGGCCAAGGGUGACGGCAAUGUGGAGGAGGAACUGGCUAAGGGCUGGAAGGAUCUCCCUGAGAAGGAGAAGGAGGAGUACCAAGCCCGCUACGACAAAGCCAUGAGCCAGUACCAGAAGGACAAGGAUGCAUAUGCCCAAAAGGCAACAGCAGAGACAAAGGCAGAAGCACCUGCAGAGUCACAGGCAGAAGACACGCCAGCUCGGGAUGAGGACGUGGAGAUGGGCGAGGAUACGGAGCAAGAGACCCCAGCUGUUGAGAAAGAGGAUGAGUAG